GAGGCUUGGAACGCUUGUGUUUGAGGAUGUGAUAGGGAAACUAAAGAAGGGAAAAUAAUUCUUUGAUGGCGGGGCAGCAGCAGCAGUGCAGCUCCGGGGCAGCCCAGGACAAUGACAUUUUCGAGAAAUACACCUGCCCCAUCUGCCUGGAUCUCUUCCAGACUCCCGUCAGAAUGGUCUGCGGACAUAUAUUCUGUGCGUCGUGUCUGCAUCAGUGCACAUAUAACAAAAACUUCACGUGCGGCGUGUGCCGGAGAAAGCUAAAGACUGAGAGCUGCGCCAUGGAUUUGAUAUAUCAAAUGGAAAAGAUUGAGGAAUCGUGCAAAGGCUGCAAUAAAAAAGUCAAACUUUCAAAGAUGAGAGAGCACUUGGCCGCUUGUUCAAAAUAUGAAAAAUAUGUCAUGAAUGGGAUUAAGUCUGUCAAGAUGGGCAAGCCCCAGGAAGCUGGUGAUGUCCCAAACCGCUUCACCUUUACCUGCCCCUACUGCCAGGAACAUAACCUCUCUCAGGAAGGGUUAGUGGAUCAUUGCAAGAGGUUACACAUGAUGGAUCCAACUCCUGUGGUUUGCCCAAUCUGUGCCUCCAUGCCAUGGGGAGAUCCAGCUUACAGGAGCGCCAACUUCAUAGAGCACAUUAAUCGUAGACAUCGCUUCUCCUAUGACACCUUUGUGGAUUACAGCGCAGACGAAGAAGCCAUGAUAAACGAAGCAUUAGUGCGUUCUGUUUCGGACAACUGAGCCGUCUCAGCUUCUGCAGACGGGAUCGGACGCAGGAAUUCCUGCGAGGCUGCGCCCACCGUGGUGGCAACUUGGCAAUAGCCUUCCGACAGCUUCCUCUGUGUUUUCUUUUUUUCGUUUCGUAUAUGUUUAUAUAUUUCCCUCAUGUUUAAAAAAACAAAUAGAAAUGAGGUGCUUCUUUCAAUAUAUCCUGUGAAUGUAUUCGAGUGGUCGUUUGUGUAUGUGGAAACCAAAUACCACCCGGUUCAUUUUCUUGUUUUGUAGCUUUAGGGUGGUGGCAGCCGGGGAGAUUAGUCGCCCAAUGACAAAUCUUCUCUACUGCAGGCCACUAAUCUCCCCAAAUGCCUUCCCAUCGGCAAGAAUACGAAUCACCGGCGGGGUGGCUUCUUAUGCAGAACUCGCCCGAAGUUGCCUCAUGAGGAAACCGGGCGACUUCGUAAAUCCAAAGUGAUUCGUAUGUCAUCCCGCCGGCGAUUUGUAUUCUUGCUGACGGGAAGGCAUUUGGGGAGAUUAGUCGCCCGCAAUAGAGAUUUGUCGCUGGGCAACUAAUAACCCAGUCUGCUCUCCACCCUUAAAGGACAAGUAACACAAAAUACUUAGUAAAAAAGUAAUUCCUCCCUCCCUCCAAUAAUACUGCCAUCCUGGAAAACGUUAUCUACUGUAUCUUUAAUAUUUAAAACAUAAAGAAUGCAAUAAAAUUUCAUUUCCGGUCUGGUUUGAAAAGGUGAUGUGACGACCUGCACUUACGUGUGCGCUCUGACGUCCUCCUAGCCGGCUUCUAUUUAAAACCAGAAGCUACUGGCUGUGCUUUAGGAAUGAUUUUCAGCCUGCCUUCUCCGUCUUUUUUACGUUCCUGACGAAUUUAGGUUUGGAGAGAGGGUGCAUGUUUAUCUCCUAAGCUUCAUUUAUUUCUCUAAAAGCAGACAGGUCAUCCAUAACUCUGUCAAUACCAAAGAAAAGCCAGGACAAAGUCUGUCAGGCUCAUUUAUAAACACUGGGCAAAUUUGCACCUGGGCAGUAACCCAUAGCAACCAAUCAGUGGCUGGCUUUUUACAGGCAGCUGCAGGUUGAGGGCAGGACUCCAAGGACGAUUCCAACGCGCUGCACAAAAACGCAGGCUUCACAUCAGAUGCGACGGAAAUAAGGUAAGUAAUUCUAUUCUCAGAUCAUGUCGCAGCGUUGAUGCGACACGACUGUCUGAUACAGGUCCAGCGUCUGCAUCCGACAGUCGUGUGACAUCGGAAAUAGCAUGCAGCCUCUGCAUCCAACAGUCGUGUCGCAUUAAUGCUGCGACACAAUCCGACAAUAGAACUACUUGCCUUAUUUCCGACGUGACGCCUGCGUUUUUGCGCAUCGCGGCGGGAUCUUCCGUGGAGUCCUACCCUGAAAGCAAGCAUUUGAUUGGUUGCUAUGGGUUACUGCCCAUGUGCAGAUUUGCCCAGUGUUUAUAAAUGAGCCCCAGUAUGUUCAUGCUCUUGCUCCUUUUACUGCUCUUAGGGAAAUAAAUCAUGCUAAGCAAAAGGGAGAACAAUGCAGGCUGAAAUCAUUCGUAAAGCACAGCAAGUAACUUCUCAGUUUUAAAAAGAAGCCGGCUAGCAGGACAUCGGAGCACGCACGUAAGUGCAGGUGGCCACGUUGUUUUUAAACCAGAACGGAAGUGAGAUUUUAUUGCAUUAUUGUUGUUAUAAAUAUUAAAUAUAGAUAACUUUGUCCAGGCAGUAUUGGAGGGAGGAGGAAUUAAUUUUUUACUUAUACAUUUUUAUUGUUACUUGUCCUUUAAGGCUAAAGGUGCAUUAGGCUGGCAUUUUCCAGCCCUACAGUGUCUAAAACUGCCCCUGCUGGCCAUAAUGGGAACUGUCCAAAGGUUCUCAACAUGAAAAUGUGCUAGAAAGGUUAGAAAUACCAGCAAUGGCACCUAUGGGUAGUUCUCAUUGCAGCCAGAAGUAGGUGCUCAGGGUGCUUUUGUGUGCUGACUGCUAUAUGCCUUAUAUGCCUUCAGCCUAAGAACGCUGCAGUUUCAUGUUGAGCCUGUGAAUGGUACCUUGAUUAAGAGCAAUGUUAAUGUCUUAUGUUUUUCAGGGAGCUGAAGUAUCUGUACCUCUUAUGUAAAUGAGUAAUAUUUAACAAAUUGCACCUUUUAUUAAAACACUUUCAUUUUUCACCCCAAA